AUGGCUGUCGACGGAGGUUGGCAGGCGAAAAGAGGUGGUGGUCUUCUCCGGCGGUGUGCACCAGGAAGCAUCACGUUGUCGCAAGCCGCUGUUGCCGGAGAAGCUGGAAUCCGUCGGAGAGAAAAAAACCCCGAAUUUGCCGUAACCCUAGCCCUCCUCUCCCUCAAUUCAGCGCUCUUCUCACCAGCGAGUGCGGCGCCCCAGCCAUCUUUGACCAACACCAGGUUGGAAGAUGGUCCAUUGGCAUCUCUGCGGCUUCUCUUCCGUGCUUGGCGAUUCCCCCUUUGUCUUGGGCAGCCAUGGCAGGCAACAGAGCAGGCUGUGGUUGCAGCUGGCGGCUUCAUCAGGCGGAAUAGUGCACUGUCUUGCGGUUUUUAA